CGAUGCAGCCUUUGUAAAUUUUCGAAAUACUCUUGUCAUCCACUAGUGUUCCUUCCCCAGAAUCAUUCAGUUAAGAUGCACAGGACACCUUCAAUGCUGACUGCUAUGAAUCCAUUGUCAAAACGAAGACGAGAGCAUACGCUGAGAAGAAUUAAGGUCCUAAUUGGCCGUUUGACUGAUUCACAGCUUUUGAAAGGAAGAGCGGCCCAAAUGGCAGAAACAGAUAUAAGCAAUAUGUGUAUUUUGCUCAAUGAGGUAUUAUCGGAAGAGCCAUCAUGUCUGUCUCUCAAUUUGGAUGCAAAGUUGUUUGUUGUGGGCGAUACACAUGGUCAUUACACACAUUUGCUACAAGCAAUGAACGAAUUGGGUCAUCCUCCAAGCGCAAACUAUCUAUUUCUCGGUAACUAUGUAAAUCGAGGUGAUAAAUCCAUGGAAACCAUCGUGCUUCUUUUCGCAUAUAAAUUGCUAUACCCUAAGAGCUUUCACCUACUUCGUGGGAACCAUGAGUGUGACCAACUCGGGCGAAUGUAUGGAUUCUAUGCCGAAUGCACGAAACGUUUCAGUGUGCAUCUGUGGAACAUUAUCAUCGAUACCUUUAAUUACCUUCCCUUUGCGGCACUAAUUGAAAACACCUUCUUUUGUUCCCAUAGCGGCAUAUCACCAAGUCUGCUAUACACCGGAUGCACAGAUCCCCGAUCAUUACAGGAAUAUCUCUCGGUUUGGAUUCCAAGGCCGACGGAAAUUGUGACGAAUUUAUUGGCCACUCAUUUGAUUUGGUCUGCACCAUCUGUAGGUGUAGAGAAAUGGGAAGCCAAUCCCGCAGGUCUCGGUUACCUUUUUGGUCCAUCCAUUGUUGACGAAUUUUGUGGAAGAUUUCGGAUACUGCAGCUAGUGAGAUCGAACGAAAUGCUGCCGGAAGGCUAUGAGUUUUUCGCACAGAAUAAACUUAUCACAAUAUUUAGCGUCCCUGACUACCUGGGCAUUUAUAAAAAUAGCGGCGCCAUAAUCCAGCUAGUUCGUUCGGAGGAGUCUAAAGUCAUUUUGGGUCAGAUAAGAAGAUUCAGCCCUACAGUCUCUGAGAAGCAAAUUUAUCGGAUACACAACACAGCAUUGCGAAGAUACCAGACUGACAAACCGAGUCGGUUCAAGAGUCUACGUGGAAUCCAGAGUCGUGGAUUAAGUAUAUGGCAAUAAUAAAUGGCAAAGAGUUCAUGAAAGAUGCAGGUGUACGAGUCUGAUUAAUGUGUGGGCAUGGCAAGUGCAUGUUGGGGGCAGAAGCGAGGUAAAGUGCACUGAGAAAAGCAUGCGUGAGGUAUGAAAAAACCCUGGAAUUCGUUUAGCUUCAUGGGUGUGCCAACUAGCGAUAAAUUUGUAAUGUAUGUCGCUUCACGGUCGGCCGGUGGCUGAUUAGUAUAGGUCGUCCAACCUCGGUUCCAAAGCUUAUCUGUUUUCUAUGUGGACUCACGCAUGACAGCUGUUCACAGUUAGACAGUUUGCCAUUCGUUGUCCAUGUCCUUGCACCUGAUUGGUUGAUUGACCUGUUGAUCUUUGUGUAUUUGUUGCCUCACGCAUGUCAUUUUCCAAGACAGCUCGUCUCAUCGUG